GUUUGGAAAUAUUCACCUCUCUGCAUAGGUUUACGAAGAGCAGAUGAUGGAUUUAAAGCAGCUAAUCGUUUUAUUAUCUUGUUGCUGCUUGGUGGCUUCAGGUCAAAACUCCACAAAGCCACGCAAUUGUACGCAGCAAUGGUAUGGGAUCAUGAACGAGUGUUGCAAAAACAGCCCGACAAACUUUUUUGAUCAGGAGACGCGUUAUAAGAGCUACGUUGACUGGGAAACAGUUAGCAAAUUAUGCGGCCCCAGAGAGUUUGUUUUGCAAAAAUACCAGACAAAGGAUGGUUUUGCUUUAGACAUCUCUUCGGCGGAUGCUUUCGCUAGAGAUGAUAAACGGCUUAAGUACCAUUUGUGUUACUCGGACAGUCUUUUCAAGAUCAAGAACUUGAUGAUCGACAAUAAAACACUCGACUUUGCGAAGAUAGCGGACUACUUCAAAGCCAUGCCUACCUCGAAUGAUGAUAACGUCAAGCAGGCGCUCGCCACGGCAGCAUCUACGUGCUCCAAACAAGUUCCAGCUUUGAUUCCUGCCAAUUGGGAUUCAAAAUAUUGCAACCCCCACGCAUUUUUAGCAACACAGUGCAUUAGGAAAGAAUUUUAUCAGACGUGCACCUUGCCAGCGAUUCCAAACACUCCCCGUACUGGAUUCAGAGUUUUCGCUGAGAAUUGCGCAAACCGAGCCAAAAUACUGAGCGCCUGUGACCCCUUCAAAAUGACAAGCCAAAAUAAUUGAGCGAAAUCGGCACAAAUUAUUUCAAUCCUAUGGCAAAACUUCUAAUUAUAAAAAAAAAAAAUUAAUAAUCUCUGCUUUGAAAAAAAAAACUAAAGUGUUUUAUUUGUAAAUUGGAAGUGAACACUGAGGUGGACUUCACGAAGAAUGUUUGAAAAUACAACCGGACCACAGGUCACUAUUGGUGCCCUUUUUUUUCUUCAACGAGGUUAAGCCUGGUUUCACUUUAGGGUCUUUAUUUGUGCGUAAUUUGUACUUUGGACAUAAGACUUAGGAAAACAAGAUCUUACAAUUAAUUGCAACUCAUAAGUGCUCAUAAGUUAUAGGAUAGGAUGUUGUUCAUAUUGUAUUAAUAUCAAAUUUACAGCAUUCUAUACAUUUCGUUUUUAACUUUUGUAAACGUAAGCAAUAAAUUACAAUCAAUGUGAUCUUCAUUCCUCAAUAAAGUAAAAAAAAAUCUAUAUCUGGCCUUCUAAAAUA